AGCGAGAGAGGACGUGCCUAAAAAGUUGCCCCAACGAUUUCGAGACUUCCCUCCUCCGCCUCCCAGCGCGUGAGGGAGCGCCCGCGCCCUCACGCGCCGAUCGGUGGUCGCUAUCCAUUCCUCGAUCUCAUCAGAGCUCCGGCGAACCUUCCGUCCUGCCUCUAAACUCUAAAGUCGGAUCCAGCAGGAGAAGGGAAGAAAUGGGCCGGAGAAGGUUACAUGAACGUCUCCGCUGGACGAAUCUCUAUACUUUUUCCUGUAUCCGUCCCACCGCGGUGACGAACAACGAUGAAUCCCCGGCCCUCCAAGGUCCCGGAUUCUCGCGGGUGGUACAUUGCAACCAACCCGGAUUACACUCCAAGAAGCCCCUCAAGUACCCUUCCAAUUCCAUCAGCACCACCAAGUACAACAUCAUCACUUUCCUCCCAAAGGCAACCUUUGAGCAAUUCCGUCGGGUGGCCAAUCUCUACUUCCUUCUCACCGCACUCCUCUCCCUCACCCCCUUGACUCCCUUCUCUGCUGUCAGCAUGAUUGCGCCCUUGGCUUUCGUGGUUGGGCUCAGCAUGAUCAAAGAGGCGCUGGAAGAUUGGAACAGGUUCAUGCAGGACAUGAAGGUCAAUAGCCGUAAGGUUAGCGUCCAUCAAGGAGAAGGACGAUUCGGCUACAAGAAUUGGCAAGAGGUUCGUGUUGGAGAUGUAGUGAAGGUUGAGAAGGACAAGUUCUUCCCAGCUGACUUGCUUCUUUUGUCCUCAAGUUAUGAAGAUGGAAUUUGCUAUGUUGAGACCAUGAAUUUGGAUGGAGAAACAAAUUUGAAGGUUAAAAGAUCUUUGGAAGUGACUUUACCAUUGGAUGAUGAUGUGGCCUUUGCAGACUUUACUGGCACAAUCCGUUGUGAGGACCCUAAUCCUAGUCUCUACACUUUUGUUGGUAACUUUGAAUAUGAAAAGAAGAUUUAUGCACUUGACCCUAGUCAGGUUCUUCUUAGGGAUUCAAAGCUUAGAAAUACUACAUUGGUAUAUGGAGUGGUUAUUUUCACUGGUCAUGACAGUAAGGUUAUGCAGAAUGCUACCCCAUCACCAUCAAAGAGGAGCACAAUAGAGAAACAAAUGGAUAAAAUUAUAUACCUUCUCUUCACCAUUCUUGUAUUAAUUUCAUUGAUAAGUGCAGUAGGUUAUGCUGUUUUUGUAAAAUUUGGGAUGCCACACUGGUGGUACUUGAAACCAUUAGACACCUCAUACAUCUACGAUGCAUCGAAGCCCAUAUUAUCUGGCGUCUACCAUCUUGUCACUGCUCUUAUUCUUUAUGGAUAUUUGCUGCCAAUUUCACUUUAUGUUUCACUUGAGGUUGUCAAAGUGUUGCAAGCAACAUUCAUUAACCGAGAUAUUUACAUGUGUGAUGAGGAAACGGGGAAAACAGCAGAAGCACGAACAUCCAAUUUGAAUGAAGAGCUUGGUCAAGUUGAUACGAUAUUGUCAGAUAAAACUGGCACCUUAACAUGCAACCAAAUGGAUUUUUUGAGGUGCUCCAUUGCAGGAGUUUCAUAUGGUCUUGGUUCCAGUGAUGUCGAUAUUGCUGCUGCAAAGCAUAUGCUAUCAGAAGCUUCUUGUGAAACUGGUGAGGAUAAAGAUAUUGAGGAUCUUUGGGAAGGCAGUGGAGAAGGUUUAGGCUCACCAGAAAGAGAAUCGGAAGGUAGCACUAUUAGCAUGGUUGAGAAUUCGCAUAACCUUAUAAUAAAGGGUUUUAACUUUGAAGAUGAACGUCUCGUGCAUGGCAAUUGGUCAAAGGAACCAAAUUCUGGUACAAUUCUUGUAUUUCUGAGGAUACUUUCUUUAUGCCAUACAGCAAUCGCUGAGCCAAACAACAAAGGGAAUGGUUUUACUUAUGAAGCAGAAUCACCAGAUGAAGGAGCUUUCCUAGUUGCAGCCAGAGAAUUUGGCUUUGAAUUUUCGAAGAGGACUCAAUCAAGUGUCUUUGUGAGGGAAAAAUACUCUCCUUCAGAGGAUCCUGUAGAAAGGGAAUUCAAGAUUCUAAAUAUAUUGGAAUUCAACAGCAAAAGAAAGCGAAUGUCAGUAAUCGUACGUGAUGAGAAUGGACAUAUCAUUCUUCUAUGUAAAGGUGCUGAUAGCAUCAUUUUGGAGCGACUGUCAAAAGCAGGAAGAAUAUAUGAGAUUGAGACCAUCAAACACCUCAAUGAAUAUGGGGAAGCAGGAUUGCGCACUUUAGCAUUGGCUUAUCGGGCACUUGAAGAAUCUGAGUAUGCUGCUUGGAAUGUUGAGUUUCUUAAAGCAAAAACUGUGAUCGGGCCCAAUAGAGAAUCUGAACUUGAGCGAGUCGCAGACAUGAUCGAGAGGGAGCUGGUUCUCAUCGGUGCAACUGCUGUAGAAGACAAAUUACAAAACGGAGUUCCUCAAUGCAUAGACAGAUUAGCGCAAGCUGGUCUGAAGAUUUGGGUUCUGACAGGCGAUAAGAUUGAGACUGCAAUCAAUAUAGGAUUUGCUUGUAGUUUACUUAGGCAAGGCAUGAAACAGAUACGUUUAUCGGUGGAUAGCAGUAAUAUAUUGUCAUUAGACCCUAAAAAGGCUGCAAAAGAGAAUAUCAUGAUGCAGUUAACCGAUGCCUCUCAAAUGGUCAAUCUAGAGAAGGAUCCUAACGCAGCAUUUGCUUUGAUCAUAGAUGGCAAGACCUUAACCUAUGCCCUGGAAGAUGACUUAAAAAAACAAUUUUUGAGUCUAGCAGUUGAAUGUGCUUCCGUCAUAUGUUGUCGAGUGUCACCGAAGCAGAAGGCUUUGGUGACCCGGUUGGUGAAAGAAGGUACAGGAAAAACUACUUUGGCAAUAGGUGAUGGUGCGAAUGAUGUAGGCAUGAUUCAAGAGGCUGAUAUCGGCGUCGGAAUUAGUGGUGUCGAAGGAAUGCAGGCUGUAAUGGCUAGUGAUUUCUCCAUUUCACAAUUUAGUUUCCUUGAACGGCUUCUUGUCAUCCACGGCCAUUGGUGCUACAAGAGGAUAGCGCUGAUGAUUUGCUAUUUCUUCUACAAGAACAUCGCCUUUGGCCUCACAAUCUUCUACUUUGAGGCUUAUACUGGCUUCUCUGGACAAUCAGUAUACGAUGAUUGGUACAUGUUAUUGUUCAAUGUCAUUCUAACCUCAUUACCAGUGAUAUCGUUAGGUGUCUUCGAACAAGAUGUAUCAUCUGAUGUAUGCUUACAGUUCCCAGCCUUGUACCAACAAGGACCAAGGAACCUUUUUUUCGAUUGGUGCAGGAUUUUUGGUUGGAUAGGAAAUGGGGUAUACUCAUCAGUACUGAUAUUUUUCCUCGGCAUCCAAAUAUUCUCUAGCCAGGCAUUCCGUGUCGAGGGACAGACGACUGACAUGGCUAUUGUCGGAACAAGCAUGUUCACUUGCAUUGUUUGCGCCGUGAACUUACAAAUAGUUCAGCUAAUGAGCCACUUCACUUGGAUGCAACACCUCUUUGUAUGGGGCAGCAUUGCUACAUGGUACCUCUUUUUGCUUGUUUAUGGAAUGUGCUCCCCGUUGAUCUCCGGAAACGACUACCAAAUACUCUCAGAAGCACUCGGCCCCGCCCCUGUCUAUUGGGCUGCCACUCUUCUCAUCGCUCUUGCCUGUAAUCUCCCUUACUUGGUCCACAUCUCCUACCAAAGAUCUGUGAACCCACUCGAUCACCAUAUCAUCCAAGAGAUCAAACACUACAAUAUGGAUGUUGAGGACCGGCGCAUGUGGAAGAGGGAGAGGUCGAAGGCCAGACAGAAGACUAAGAUUGGUUUUACGGCAAGAGUAGAAGCCAAGAUCAGGCAACUAAGGUGGAAGUUGCAGAAGAAAGUCUCAUUGAGCAUCCAGACUCAACCAUGAGGCCAAGACCAUGGCUUGGCCUCCGUUGCUUUGUAAUGUUUUGACUCGCUUUGUAAUGUUUUGGCUCUUGAUCCAUUUGCUUGUGUUCAUCGAAGGGAUGACAUCUCGGCUACAUUGUGUAUGAUAUUUAUACCUGCAUCGACGCAAAGUUUCAAGGAAAUAGUUUGAGAACAAUGAGGUGCACAUGGAUGUGAAUUAGCUUAGGGUAUGCAUUUUCAUAUCUUGUUUCAGUUUUGCUCUAUGGAUGUCGGUUCAUGGCUACCUUUUUCCUUGUAAAUACAUGUUCAUUGUAAAAGCACUUCUUGAGCAAGUCUCGUACUGCAGUCUUUCAAUACU